UUUUGUUAGGUUGGUGGUGGUGCACAUGCGCGUCUUUUGACGUUUUAUUCGUGUGGUGGUGAAAGAAGUGAAGUUUCACAAAACAAGUGUAAUAAUUGUAAUUAAUUUUGUACGAUAAUUGUGAUUAUUAGAGUCGCCAACGAAAAUGAGCGAUAAAAAAGCUAUAGGGGGCGCCGUACCCCCGCCAUCAUCUGCGCAGACAUUCACUCCUCAGCCUCCACCGCAGGCUAAUCAGUCGGUACCAACGCCACAACCAUAUGGAGUAGUUCCUGGUUUACCGACCGCUUCCCCUUACGUUAUACCUGGCCAAACCCAGAUUUACCCACAAGGGCCUCCCCCCACCUACGAUCAGGCUUUGACACACCCAGCUGCGAUAGUGGGGCAGCCCAUGUACCAUCCGGGCACGAUGUAUGCCGCCGGAUACCCCACCUACCUCGGGUACCCCACUUACGCCCCUAUGCAGUAUUAUCCCUCUCUGGGCGCGUAUUCGUACGCGAUGCAACCAGCACAGCUGAGGCCCACGAUCAUGAUUCCGAACGGGUACGACGCCGGGGCGAGGUUUGAUGGGAUAGCCCAGCCCGUACUUCCUCCGGCCCCACCCGGGGUUCCGCCCUCCGCCGCGCAGCUAGCGGCGAUGGCGGGCCACCAGGUGGCUCUAGGACAGAAGAAAAACUCUUUUCUGGCAGGCGGCUCCGAUGGGGGAUACACAUUCUGGUAGGAAACGGCCCUAGGUUUAAGCAAUUCAAAUUAGGUUAACGAAAUUCUUUAUUUUAUCUUAACGACUAGCAAGGUCUGUCUAGUCUAUAUCAUUUCAAGUACUAAAUGUCGGAAGUGAGCCGUCUAAGUCACUUUUGUACAUGAAUUGCUGACAACUUAAAAAAACAUAUUAAAAUGAGUUAUUUUCAAAACGAAAAAAAUAUUAGAGUACAAGUUAGAGUGAUCUGAAACUGUCCAAUGACGGUUCUAGGUAAUCUGUUAUUGUUUGAUGAUAUUAAGACGUUUCCUGUUUGCAUAACGUGGCGUUUCUAGGAUUACGUGACAAAUUAUCUUCGUUCUUUCUUUUUUUGUUGAAUAUCUAUUAAUGUGCAAUAAACGUUGUUGACAUUGUAAUUUAUUGUUUUGUAAAAUUUUAGGUUUUGUUGCGAAGUUUUUAGGUACGUAAAAUUUUAUAGGCAAUAAGUUGAUUGGUGAUGCGACUGGUUCCCAACUAAAAAUGUGCGAUUAUAUUUUUUAUUUGGGAAUGAGUCUUCUUUUUAGAGAUAUUUCUUUUAUUUUAGUUUUGGAAAGCAAGUUUGAAGUCAGUUCUGCCGAUUGUACGGCAACACUUUCAUUUCCUAAAAAAAUAAAAUAAAAGAACUAUCAAGACGAUGCAGCUUAAUGAAUAUUUACUAGUCAAUAACAAGUAAAACAAUCGAUAGAAUAUUAAUUGAAAAAAAUAUAAAACACCAACAAAAACUUCUUGUUACUUGCCAUAAUUUUGUUAUACUAAUGUUCUGUUGUUACUUGAAACUUUUACAAUGAAAUUGAACUAUUGUGAGACUGUGAAGAUCUAUUGUGAAAAAUGUAAUGCUGUAAUAUUGAA